AUGGCGGGCAAUCUCGAGCAAGGAACAGAUGCAGGCUCUAUACAACCCGUCUCAUCGUUACGGUCACACUUUGAAGGUCUCAAGUUUAACCAGACGCCCUCCGAUGACCGAGGAAGCCUGUCCGCCUCUCCGCAAACCCUGAAACCCGUCGAUGCGCAGGUUCCGACCCCAGCACUGCGAGCGUCGCUGGAUUUGCCCAGGCCGACAUCGCCAUGGAUAGGAGGAGGAAGUACAAGCUAUGGGGGGGUACAUACCCCCAUGAAGGGGUCAGAGUCGCCUCCCAGGCCAGGCCAUAAACGACCCAUGUCGAUGAUGAUCCAGUCCUCUCCCCAGCUGACUCCUUCGGUCCGAGUCGACUCUCCCAGAUCACCACCACGCACAUAUUUCGAGCGAAGUUCUUCAAGAUCACCGGAACGGGUCGACAACACUCCAUUUGCCAAAGUUCGUGAACUCAUCUCACAACGCUCGAGCGCUUCUUCGACUCGCCCUAAUACUCCGCGGGCCGUCAGUGGCGAUCGCUCCAGUACGGUAGGCGCUAUGGGAAAUGCAGACACGACUGUACGGGCCGUGGAACCAAAAUCUCCGGCCAGGCCGCCCCCCGUCAAUCGGGCAGACAAACCUAAGAUCCCUACAAAACCCAGCGCCAUUUCAGCGCCCAGUGGCUAUGGCCUGAACCCGGAAGCCCGCAGGCCUUCAUUCGAGGCUCGAGUCUCACCGUUCAGCACGCCUCCUAGUAGCGAGGAGAGUUCCCCCUCUCAAAGCCCCGAGUCGACACUUCCUAUCCAGCCUGUUGAGGAAUUGUUGACACCGAAUAAAGUGAUAGCACAACCCACACCUUUUGCGCCAUGGGAUCAGGGCACUCCUAGGUCGAAGGAUGCUCGAUCGCUGGGGUUUUCGAGCAGACCAACUGUCGCGGAGAAGAGAGAUUCAAGAUUAUCGGGAUUUCCAACACAUGAUCCCGCACCGCUAAAUCGAGGAUCGACUUUACCAUCGAGGGCAAGUACAGUCUCAGAGAAGCCUGUGAGAGAUCCUCGUGAAUUGGGUCUAUCGAGCGGGAAGCCAGCACCCCGUCAUGUUUCAGAGACGAUUCGAUCCAAUCCCUCACCUCUACUCGCACCUUCACAGCCUCUUCGCCCUCAGCCCGUCCGCGACCCUCGGCAGUUUGGAUUCUCAAGCCACCAGACUCUCGACAUUGACUCGACAGGCGAAGAGCCACGACCUGGCCUACCUCCUAGACGUAUUCAACCUCCACCACGUCCGUCUAACGAAUCCAAGAAUAGCACAAUAAGGCCGGUCCCGCCAACCAGUUAUGCUGCGGCCCCUGAUCGAUCUAAGAGGCCGACCCCUAUUCAGCAGUUGUCUCGCGCUCCUACAAUACCCAUAGACCCUCGAUUUCCGCCACCUCCAAAACGAGGCAGUGUUGAUGAGGAUGAAAUUCCGCCUGCGACUAGGGCACAGACAUUUGGCACCGAUUUCUCAAAGCGCCCGUCUACAAAGUCAUUUGGGACCGAUUCCGAUGACGCAGAAGAAGUGGCAGAAGAACCUCAGACCGCGAGAUCCGAAUACCCAGACUCUACGCAUACCAACCGGCGGCCUCCCUACUCCAAAGGUGGCGUAUGGGAGAUCAGCACCAAAUCCGACUCCCGCACCAUGGAAGUCUGUGGCCGGCACCUGUGUACAGCGGGAUAUACUACCCGAGUCUUCGACAUGUCCUCAGGUGAACAAGUCAUGAGCAUUAGUCAUGGCGAAACGGUCAAGGUCACAGCCGUGGUAUUCAAGCCUGCCGUAGAGCUGGCCAACGAGGGCUCCAGGCUAUGGCUCGGUACCAAUACUGGCGAUUUGAUGGAAGUAGAUGUGACCACGCAUACUAUCGUGACCACAAAUUCUUCCCAUAAUCGCCGAGAAAUCGUCCGGAUACUCCGCAAUCAAAGGGAUUUAUGGACCCUCGAUGACGACGGCAAGCUCUUCGUGUGGGAGGCCGACGAGUCAGGCCUACCGAACUUGAAGUACAGCCAUGGCUCUCACAAAGUCCAGAAAGGCCAUUCAUGUUCUAUGGCUAUAAAUGGGCAGCUCUGGCUCGCCUCAGGGAAGGAGAUCCGGAUCUACAAUCCAGGAAGUGACGAGUCUUUUGCCGCCCUUCCCAAGCCGCUAUCGCAACAGGGGAGCCUCGAUAUUACCUGCGGGACCUACUCUACCGAGAAGGGAGGAAGGGCGUACUUUGGCCAUAUUGAUGGGAGAGUCAGUAUCUACUCCACCAAGGACUACUCUGCCAUUGCCAACGUCAAAGCCAGCGACUACAAAAUCAACUCCUUGUCUUUCGUAGGAGACAAGUUGUGGGCGGCAUUCAAAACGGGCAAGGUUUAUGUCUACGACACGUCAACGUCGCCGUGGAAGGUCAAGAAAGAUUGGAGAGCUCAUAACGGCCCAGCCACCGAGAUCAUAUUGGAUCCAAGCAGUGUCUGGACAUUGCAACGGUUGCAGGUGGUCUCGAUUGGCCAUGACAACUACGUGAGACUCUGGGAUGCCUCUCUUGAAAACGACUGGAUUGAGACAGAGAUGCAAGAACGAGACGUAGAAUAUUGUACAUUCAGGGAAGUUCGAGCGGCGGUUGUCACUUGGAACGUCGGGGCAUCGACGCCCUACGACCUGCGGAGCAAUUUCAUCGCCGACGCAAUCAACGCGAACGAUCCGCCCGAAAUCCUCAUCUUUGGGUUUCAGGAAGUGGUUGACCUGGAAGAUCGGGCUGUGACAGCCAAAAGCAUCCUCGGCUUUGGUAAGAAGAAGGACACGGUCAAAACGGAACAACAUCAAAGUCGAGUCUACCGCGAAUGGCGAGACUACCUCAGCAAGGUCAUCAGCCGAUAUGCCAGUGACCGGUACGCCUACUCGGAACUGCAGACAUCGAGCUUGAUUGGACUUUUCCAAUGUGUCUUCAUCCGGCACGAGGAGCGACCUCGAGUGCGCAACCUUCAAGCCGCAAGUAUCAAGUUGGGGUUGAAAGGUCGCUAUGGCAAUAAAGGAGCGCUUGUGACACGGUUCUUCCUGGACGACAGCUCGCUCUGCUUCAUCAACUGCCAUCUAGCAGCGGGGCAGACGCAGACUUCGCACCGCAACAACGACGUGGCAAGCAUUCUCGAAGCCGAGGCUUUGGAUGCCGAGCCGGACCCUGAUGUGCGCAGUUCGUUGUACACCGGUGGCGGCGACGGGACGCAAAUCCUCGACCACGAAAUCUGCAUCCUCAACGGUGAUUUGAACUACCGAAUCGACACCAUCCCGCGCGACACCGUGAUCAACAUGAUCAAGCGCAACGAACUGGCCAAACUGCUCGAGCGGGACCAGAUGAUGGUCUCGCGCCGGCGAGUCUCGGGCUUUCGCUUGGCGGCCUUUACCGAGCUGCCCAUCACGUUCGCGCCGACGUACAAGUACGACGUGGGCAGCGACGAGUACGAUUCCUCCGAGAAGAAACGCGCCCCGGCGUGGUGUGACCGGCUGCUGUAUCGGGGGCCCGGGCGCGUUCGACAGACGGAAUACCGCCGGCACGAGGGCGUGCGCACGAGCGACCACCGGCCUGUCAGCGGGGUGUUCAAGUUGAGAAUCAAAACCAUCGAUCCGGUCAAGAGGCAGAAGGUCAAGGAAGAUUGUUUUGCGAGCUUCGCCGACGUCCGGCGCCGCAUGGCCGAGAAGGCCAGUGUCGAGUAUCUCGUCUUGGUGUUGGGCGUGGAGGAGAAGGAGGCGAAAAGGUUACUGGCGGCGAACUAG